AUGGCGAUGGGAAAUUUAUGGAAAUUUUUGAAACACAGCAAAAAAGAUGGUUAUCCUGUCUACGAAAACAUUUAUGGAGAAACCAAGAAUCUUAAACACAGUGACCUCAUACGGUUCGCAUAUCAAGUCGCUAUGGGCAUGGCAUAUCUCGAACAGAAACAGUGUAUCCACAGAGAUUUGGCGGCUCGGAAUGUACUGCUAGACGGAGAGUAUAAUUGUAAAAUUGCUGAUUUUGGUUUGGCCCGCGACGUCGAAGUGUAUCAUGUCACGUUACAGGACCGACUUCCUAGGAAAUGGAUGGCUAUCGAAUCAUUAUGCAGAGGGGUUUUUACAAUCAAAAGUGACGUUUGGUCAUUUGGAGUUCUUCUGUGGGAAAUUGCAACACUAGGUGCUACUCCCUACGCUGGAAACACGUCUGAUGAGAUAUUAAUAUUCUUAGAACGUGGUAAUCGAUUACGUAAACCUAAGCACUGUGAACAUGCACUGUAUGCUUUGAUGAGGAAGUGUUGGUGUGAGGACCCAUCAGCAAGACCGUCCUUUGAAAAGUUAUCAAUCUCAAUCUGUCAAAUGAAAGCAACUGAGAAGGUAUACAUCAACCUCAGGGAACUUUGCAAAGAUGCUGAAUGCAUUCCAGUUCCAGUUCCACAUCAAGAUAAUAAUUUACAGGAAUAUGAACAGAAUGGUUAUCAAAGCAUUCUUUAG